UUCGUUUCUUCAACCGGAGAAUAUGCUGAAAACAUGGCUGCUGGUAGGAGGUGAGUAUUUUACUUUCAGUUUCAUUCAAUUCGUUGAGCUCUCAUUCUGAGGCGUUUUGUUUAUAUUUUAGCACAAAAUUGGAUCGUGUGUUCUUGCGUCGUUUCAAGAAAUGUCUUGGUAUAAUGUUUCCAACUUGGCUGGCGACCUCCACGCUUCUGUUUGUGCUGCUCUUGGGCUUGUCCUUUUUACGUAAGGAAAAAAUGCCUCGUGUAUUAGGAGUCUAGAGUACAUUUUAAUUUAUGACAAUGUGGUGUUGUCAAGGUAGUUUGAUAUAGAUAUUAAAUCUUGUGUAGUAUGUAGUGAUUUCUGGAAUGUGCCCAAAUAUUUUCAAUGAGGGAUACAAAAUUACGAAAUUAGGCUAUUCCAUUUAAAAGAUGUUACCCCCCUAUUGAGGACAAAGGUUUUACCAUAUCCCUGAAUAAUUCCUGACAUAAAAGAGAUCCCUGAAGAAUUCCUGUUAAAUAGCAUUUACCCCUGAUGAAAUCAGCAUUUACCCCUGAAGAAUUUCAAUGUUUAUGUCUUACCCCUGAGGAAAUCUCAUUCAAAAUAACCAACCCCUGAAGAAUUCCACAGGAGAAUUUGUUUGCCCAUGAGGAAUUCCAGGGUUAAAAUUACCUUACCCCUGAAGAAUUCCAAGGUCCUCGAUAGGGGGGUUACGGAUAUUAAAUGGAAUAGCCCAAUUUACGUAGCAAUUAUAGGAUUCCGAGGCCAAUUCAGAGCUUCCAUACUGUUCUAAUAUUCUAGUGGCCCUAAAGAUAUUUUCAUAUUAUUUAUAUAAUGGCUGACCCUUUACUGUAAUAUCGGAACUGCUAUUCCAUUUAAUUUCUGCAUCCCCCUGUCGUUAUACCCCUGAAGAAUUCGUGGCUAAAAACACUUACCAUGAGGAAUUGCAAGUAUAAAAUCACCUUUGAGGAAUUCCAUGUUUCACAAACUUUUACCCUUAGGAACUUGGGUUUUUGUCAAUCCUUUUCUCCUGAAGAACUCCAAUGUAGAAACCAGGAAAAGCAUUUAUUGUACAGACAGUUUGAACCACCCCCCCAAAUAACAAUUUGCUUCUGAAUGAUGACACUGAUAAGUGUUUAAGCAUGAUUGGCAAAAAAAAUUGCUGUCAAUGAUUUCAUUUUCAGUGCUGGCAAUUGCCAUUUGCCACUGAUAGUUGUGAUUUGUGGGGACUGAAUGAACUAAAAUCAUUAAAAUGCUAGUGGAAUAAUUAUCCAUCAACCAUCAGUAACCACCAGUCAGGUGGCAGGGGGCAUAGUUAAAAAAUUACCCAAAGGUGUGAAAUAUAUGGCAGUAUGUAAGAGUGUAUUAAUUUCAUAACUUAAAUAACAUUUACUGUAACUUUAACUACCUUACUAUAAAUAUCGGAAAAUCAAAAUGUGAUUUUGUGCAUGUGAUUUUACGUUUUGUGAUACAGUACUUCUGCGUCAGGCCGUCAGCCUAGAACCAGGCCUUUUAUUUUUAUUCUUAAUAUUCAGUGCUUUUUCACAUGAGAAGACUGGGACCUAGGCAAUUUGAGGCUAGCCUGAAAUUGCCCAAACCUGCCAAGUAAAGGUCUAUAGGCUGAGUCUGCAUGCAUAUCAAUUUUGAAAAUUUUGGGACACACAGGAAUGCCAUUAUCUGCACUCUGUACAGUCAGACUCGGGCAUGGAUUUAGUAGUAUAUGACUACUACUGGAAGUAGGGUUGUUUACUGGCUUGAUGUGUGUACCAGUUCAGAGCGAGGGGGUUGCUAUUUUUUCAUGAUAAAGCAAAAAAAUGUUAGAGUACAGUAAUUUGAGUAACAACAUGAUGAUAAGUGAACUGUGAACAACAAUUACAAUUCAUAUACUGCAGUCAAGCAAGACUUUGCAAGUAGUCAAGAAAGUUGAUGGGCGGGCGGCAUACAUGAUCGAUACAACUCGGCACCAGAGCUGGCAGAGCACCCCUGGCAAUACGAUCAUGCUGGAUCCAUCCCUGGUGAGACCAAUGGUUGAGGGAUAGAAUCAAUGGAGCAAAUCUGAUUUUUUGUGUGUGGGGGCAGGGGGCAAUUGCACACUCCUGUUACAAUAAACAAAAUUUAAAAAAUAGGAUUUCAGGUUUCAAAUAAUCCUUUUGUUAGCAUGCAUCUUCAAAUUGUCAUUUUGGGGAAAAUUGCCAUUGAAUUCAUGCUGUCAAACUGUAAAAUAUCAAGAGUGGCAUUUUUUGUGUAAUGUUGAUUUUUUGAAAUGGCAAUUGGGACUGACAAUGAGUAUCAUUCUAUGUAGAGCAAGCAUUGUAUUACAACUCUGGUUUGAUUCCAAGUCGAUAUGUUGAAGUGAUGGUUGACAAAGACCGCUCUGGAUUUCAACAAGUCCUUGUUACUUCAGUCAUUGUUAUCAUCAGCACAUCCCUGGUAAUUUACACCAUCACCACAGAAUAGAGACCAACAGAAGCCUGACUUCUUGUCUGCACUUAUGACACAGAAUAAAGACACACAGAAGGUCGACUCCAUGAUGACUUGUCAACGUCGGAAAAUCUCGGUUCAAAACUGAACCGAAAAUGCAAGACUUGCUUUAAUUGUUUUCUGUCAGUGUUUAUAUGUAUUGAUCUAGCACAGUGUAAAUAACACGAGUUCCAUUAUAGUAAAUUAUACAGAAAGAAAUUGAAGGAAAACAAUUAAAGCAAGUAUAUUGCAUUUUCGGUUCAGUUUUGAACUGAGAUUUUCUGAAGUUGACAAGUCUCUCUUUCUCGCUCCGCCCCUCCAUACUACGUCAUGUAAUGUACACUAUAGUGGAUCGAUAUGACAAUGAAAGAGAGACUUGGAGCAAGUCUAUGGCUUAGUGCGCUUAUGAGAGGCAUUCCCCCCCUGGACAUCUGCCUUUUUUAAUAUUAUCAGGGGGGAGAAUGCCUCUCAUAAGCACACUGGCUAUGACCAUGGCGUCAGCAUUUUGAUGACGAUUUACGGUUACGCUAAAAUCAUAGGGAAAACCAAUAAGCCGUGCUUCUGUAUAGUCUCUACUCUGUGCUUACGAUAUUGGCGUAACUGUUGCAAUGCUGUUGCCAUGUUCCUAGCCAGUGCGCUUACAAGAGGCAUUCACCCCCCUGCAUAUAUUCAAAAUGGAGGAUGUUCAGGGGGGUGAAUGUCUCUCAUAAGCACACUGGUUAGGAACAUGGCGAGUGCAUUUUGAUGAAGAAUUGUAGAGCACAGGACAAAGAAUAAUAAAAUUCUGGCUAAAGAAUAAUAUAAAGAAUAAUAUAAAGAAUAAUAUAAAGAAUAAUAUAAAAAAUAAUAUAAAGAAUAAUAUAAAGAAUAAUAUAAAGAAUAAUAUAAUUCUGGCUAAUUUAAACAGAAUUCCAGGUUAAUAGUUCACCUAACAUAAUCUGGUUAAUUCAACCAUAUAGCGUGGUUAAAUUAGACAGGAUAGUGAUCAAUUUUAUAAAACAUCAUUUAUUGAGGUUGCAUGACAUUAUAUUUUUGUGCUAGAUUUGCAUCUCCAAAAAUUCCUACUUUUGCCCAACUUUUCCUGAAAUUUUAGUCCUACUUUUAUCCCAAAUGCCAGAAAGACUGCUGGUGAUUUGCAAUUUAAUUGUUCUUUUUGUUGGUCAGGUUAAAAGUUUGGUGAGUUUUGUGUCUGGUGUUUUGUACGUGAACUGGAGAGGAAGUCUGACGAGAUUUAUCCACAAAUUUUAUUUUGCUCAAGACAAUUACUAUGAACUGAAUGUCCUACAACGAGAUAUUGAUAACUUGUGAGUAAAAUUAUAGAUUUCAAAGUAUCUCAGAAAAUGUACGAAAACAUACACUUAAAGGUCGUUUUCCACUAGGCGGAAUUUCUCUUUGUCUUUUCUAAUUAUUUCCACCCGAGAAAUCACAAGACAAAGAGAAAUUCCGCUCCGCGCGGAAAAUUCCGCCUAGUGGAAAACGCCCUUAACCCACUGAUUGCAAUGCAGCGCUCUCCCCUUGACGAAUAACAUUGUCUGGCGUUAGACAGAGUAAAAUAAUAAAGUAGGGCAAAUCAGCACACAAUGCAACUCAAUGGGUUAAUACAGCUCAUUUGUGUUUAUCUGAAAUUCCUGAGACAACUAGCAUUCUCCUAUAUUCGAGUUAGCGUCAUCAAUUUUCCAUAUCGCUUUCUACGGCGUUUUGGUAAAAAUGGUCCCAGAUUUGAAAUUACCCUGCUCAAAUUAUCUUCACAAAAAAUUUCACAUUGUUCAGAACGUUAGCGCGUGAGUUGACUGCCAUUUGCUACUUGCAGUAAAGCUCAUUUUCUCAUGCUUUGAAAAUUUGGAAAAUUCUCGAGAAACUUUUUUUAUUUCUUAUAUACAGGAAAUGAAUACAACAAAGAAUAUGGGUAAAACUGGCCAGUGAAAAGGGACUAGCACUUGAUGCCUCCUGCCCCCCCCCUUCAUUCCCCCACCAGGCGCAUCCCCUUGUGCUGGCCCUGUGCGUGAAAAUCUAUUUGAUUCUCUUUUGUAGAGAUCAGAGAAUCACUCAAGAUGUGGAUAAAUUCAGCAAUCAGUUCAGCAGUAUUUUCUCAACUCUCGUCAUCUCGCCAUUUACUGUGGGCUACUACACUUAUCAGUGUUACAAAAGGUGUGCACGACUGAUAUGAGUUCGAAUGUCUUUAAACACUUCUAAAGCUGUUUCCAUUUAUGCCAAUAGGCAUGAUCUGACAAGUUUUGUUAAUCAUUGAAUGUUGUUAAGAGGAGAUUUUUUGUAUGUUACGUAACACGCGCUCAAAACUAAUGCGUAUAAUAUAUCACUUGAGGUUAUGACUAAAUUCAAAAUUUUUAUUUUUCGAUACGUUUCUCAAUCGGCAAACAAACUUAAAAAGCAUGUUUAGUGCUUUAUCUGUAAAAUAAUGCAAAAAUGAAGAGAUUUUAGAUGAUACGCCAAAGAGAAAAUGAUGUCUGAAGUUCAGUAAGUUUUGCUUAUAUGGCUGUAAAUAUGGCGUCAAUUUUAAAGCAACAUCGAUAAUUGUAUUUUAAUUGACAAUUUUUAACUAUUAUUUUAUGUUUCUCAACCGGAAGAUGCAUUUAAAAAGGUAGCUAACUCUAUAAACUAGAGAAUAAAGCUAAAACAAAGUAUAAUUUUGAGAGGAACGCCAAAAAGAUUUUAGGUUUUGAGCACUUUUCAUUGCAAAUACGUGACAUUGAAAAAAAUUGCCUCUUAAAAAUAUUUAUCUCACAUCAAGGCUGCCUUUUUAAGUAUUUCUUGCACACUUCGCAAGUUUCUUUCGACAAAUUUUCCUUCAUCCAAAAACUGACAUGCCCAGCUUUGGAACAAGACUCUCUGGCAGGGAAUAAUUGUCAAUAGCCCAUUUGCAUUUUUGACUAAAUUUUGAUCUAAACAAGUCUAGACAAAAAUUUCAUCACAGCUUGAAAAAGCAUCACAAAAUUACUGACAUUCCAAAGUUUCGUUGCGAAAUGUUGUAAAAUGCGGAUAAUAUAGCCUUGCGAAGUUUGCCGUUUUUCAGUCAUUUCGCAUUACGCGGGGGAAAUUGACAGCCCUAUACUCUUUGGGGCUGUCAAUUUCCCGUUUGUAAUACAAAAUGACUGAAAAACGGCAAACUUCGCAAGGCUAUAUUAUCCGCAUUUUACAACAUUUCGCAACGAAACUUUGGAAUAUUACUAAUUGUGUGAUGUUCUUUCAAGCUGUGAUGAAAUUUUUGUCUAGACUUGUCUAGAUCCAGAGUCCAGAUCAAAAUUUAGUCUAUAAUGCAACCUACACACGAGUAAAUAAAACUUUUCAAGGAAAAAUUACCUGUCUGUACAGGGCUUUGCUAUACAAGAUAAAUCUUUGCACACUAACAUUAAUUUUGUGAAACUUUUCUCAGCAUAGGUUAUAUUGGUCCCCUCAGUAUAUAUGGCUAUUUUAUUGUCGGGACUUUAUUCAACAAGAUCCUGAUGGCGCCCAUCAUCAAACUGGUUUUCCAACAGGAAAAACUAGAAGGCAAUUUCAGGUAGGUUUGAAAGAAUACGUUUGUGAUAUAGUCUUGUACUGUAUGUGCCAGUGUAGUGGCAAUAAUAUGAACAAGCUUUCGUUGGUGGGGAUCAAACUACCUGAAAAAUAUAAGGAGAAUUUCGACGUUUCCAGCGAAGGACUCCAGACGCAGGGCCUUCGCUCGAAACGUCGAAAUUCUCCUUAUAUUUUUCAGGUAGUUGCAUCCCUAUCAACGAAAGCUUGUUUACUACCAUUUGCAAGCUACCGUUAACCGUGAUCGCCAAAACGCGUUUGUUUACGUUUGUAACGUGCACGUUUUGUGGGUGUAACGUGGUAUUCAUAACAUGGAAACUGUCUCGUUUCAGGCGUUAAACUAACACGUUUGAGACGCCUUUUAAUCAUGUUUGACAAACGCGAGAGCAUGUUUUGGCUGGAAACUGACACGUUUAUUACACUAUUUAUUCAUGUUUUGGUAUGAAACGGCUAGGUUUACAAAACUUAUACUAGUAUAAAUGUCUGUCUAGUCCGAGGUCUAGUCGCUCUUAUUGUUAAAGCAUGUCUGCACAAAUAAAAAUUUUGUACGGCCAUGAGUACGAAAGAUGCAAAACCGCUACAAUCUCCAUUGUAAAGUUCAAAUCUUUAACUUUGGAAGGACUAGAAAGCUUGGUAUUCUCCAAUGUUGGUAGUUUCUAUAGAGACUCUUCAAAUUUGCGUAUUCAAUAUCGAGAUGAUGAAAGCACGUUCGUGACAGUAUCGAACCAAACUGAUGUGCAGGAUGCAAUUCGCUGCUGUAAGACUGUAGCAAACGUAGGAGACAAUAACAUCGUCCGUUUAUGCGUACGAGUGGAUGACUCUGUCACUCCUCGGGAUAAUAAAAAAAAAUGUCCAUCUCCAGAAGUAAUGGCGAAACAGCCUAGAAAGGUCGUCACUAAAAGGAGGAAAUUACAAUUUCUGUCUGAGUCAGACUCCGGACAGUCUGACGAUGAAUCGGAUGAUGAUAAUGUAUUGUCUGUCAACGAGCGCCGUUCAGUGCCUGUAGUCGAAAGUAUCGAAACCCCUUUGCAAAGGUAUAUGCACAAAGCGAAACGCGACAUAGAUGAAAAGAAAGACGCGCUUUAUAAACUAGAAAUGGACGAACGCGAUACGCAAAGAAAACUCUUACGGGUGAAGUCUAGAGCAGAGGAUGGGAAUAGGUGCCGCAACUGUCAUUUGCGGUUGGGACAUACUGCAAGAAAUUGUGAUUUUGAUAAAUGUCAAUCGGUGUUUAAAUGUGGCGAAGAAAAGUUGCAUCCAGGCGAAAUAGAUGGACGUGGGACUAGAUGCGCGGUAAAGAAAUUAAAGGGGGAAAUCGCGAAAAUGGAACAAGACCUAAGAAACAAAGAACAAUCACUGAACAAGUUAAACGAAAGCUUGCCAAACAGGAUCGAACGUGAUUUGAUGGAAGAAAAUGCGAACAGAUACUUUGAAGGAGGAGUAAAAAAGUGGACCCUCCUUCGUAAACAUGUUUACUUAGUUGAAAAAUACUGCAAGGAUAAUUUUAGAGGGAAACUACCAGCCAAGCAUAAUGUUUCCAAUAUUUUGAGCGUUGCGUUACAAGGCAAAACCAUAGACGGAAAUGAACGACAAAGUUUACAAGUGAAACAAGCACGAUGUGGGUCAACGUCAACAAGAAGAAAUCCUGCAAAACAACUCUUGGAAGAUAAUGGCAUUACGUUUCCACUGGAUGAUAAUUGUAAAGCAUCGACCUCUUCAAUAGGCUGCGAUGAUGAAAAUACAGUUUAUCGAUGCGCACCGGCAAACGAAAACGAAGAGCAGGAACAACUGAGAAUGGUUCUUCAACAGAGUAUGUACGACAUUAAUCCAUCAGCGAAAACCAAUCCACACCAAAUGCCAGCGACACAUCCGAAUCCAAUGGCAUCGACAUAUCCUAAUCCAAUGGCAAUGGCAGCGACAUAUCCGAAUCCAAUGGCAGCUAAUAUGGCAGCGACAUAUCCGAAUCCAAUGGCAGCGAAAUAUCCGAAUCCAAUGGCAGUGACGUAUCCGAAUCCAAUGGCAGCGACAUAUCCAAAUACACUGGCAGCGACAUAUCCGAAUCCAAUGGCAGCGACAUAUCCGAAUCAAAUGGCAAUGAUCCCACAGUUUCCGAUAGUUUACCCAACUCAGUACGGAGAAAUGCCAAAUCCCAUGUUUUACUCAACCACGGGAGCCAUGGCCAGUAUGGCAACGCAGGAAUUUUGUCCUCAAUUUCCUGAACCAGAAUUACAGAUUGCAACUGCGGAUGUAAACAAAGUCCCUCUCGAAGCUAGACUCAGUGAAGAGCCGAUGAAAGUACCGCCUUCGUCCGAGGAAAAUGAUGCUGCCUUACAGCUUGUCUCUCUUUCGUCAACACAAAACUUGGAAGAACAAGGUACAGCCAAAUAAACGCAUUAAUGUUUAAAAUAUAAUCGUUGAGUUUGCAGUUUGUAAAGACAAAAGUGUAUCUAUAUUAAGAUACAAUUAGGGCCAUGCCCAGGGGCUGGUGGUACGCUGCAGCUUAAAUAUUGUUGUUGUGUUUAUACAAGUUUCGUUGGGGAAUUGAUAUUUGAUUUUCUCAUGGCAGUCACACAUGAGCAAGUUUUCUAUCACAAAAUUUUAUUAAUUGGCCACUUUGCCAAAGGCCAAAAAGUGCCAGGAAAAGACAAAGUACAAAUUUCAGUGCGGAGAAAAUAUCACGCAGUCGUCUAUCACUGUUUGUUGUCAGCAGAAUCAUAAUCAUAGAAACUUUGUUCAUCUGUGACCGCUGUUGCCUUUUAUAUACUGGAGUAAAGGAACAAGAGUGGCUCAACUUGCAAAAAAACUGAUUUAAGUUCGUGUUAUUUUCAGAUAGUUUACAGUAUCUGUCAAUAUAAACAAAUGUAAACAUUAUUCAUUAAUAUUUUUACAGUAAUCGAUUACACUCGGUCUAAGUUUUUGUUGCUCUCGUAUCAUUCCUCCUUUGUUAACUAUAUACAGGGCGCACCUUGCCACCUUUCUCUGUAAAACACUAAAUGCGGUACUAUAUUUAUGAUCGAUCGUACCACACUACAUGCACUUGUAACAUUUAUCCAAAUAUUACAGUUGAUUUCACAUAACUUUUCCCCUGAACGUCCCAACGAAGUUCGCAACAUUCAAAGUUCAUAGGCUUCAUACUGUAUUACAGUGCUGUAAUCAUAUUCACAAACCGGUUUGUAAACUAAUGUAUUUGAUUGGCUUUACUUUCGUUCAGCGACCAUCUGAGGCUUUGUUUACAUACCGGCUGGUGAAUUUCAGUAUGAACUUGUGAACUUCGCCUAAGAAGCGAAGAACGAAGUACGCAAUUUUAGGGAAAAGUUAUAUGAAAUCAACUCUACAGUACUGAAUGCAACGUCAACGAGAAGGGGUUUUAUACAUCUAAAUUUUUAGCAACAAUUUAUAGGCUAUUUUUUUUCUUUACACCAGAAACAGACCAAGAGUUUCGUUGUUCCCAAAUGUCAAUAUUAAAUAAUGUGUAUAGCUCUUUUUUAAAAUAUAGGGUGCUAAAUGUAAUACAUUUAAUGCCGUAAAGUCAAGAGUCAAGAAUAGGGUUCAUGGGCGUGUCUAUAUUACUGUGUCUACGCCUAGCUAUGGACUAUGUACUAUAUGAACUGAUUUCUUAAUCUUCAGGAAAGAGAUAAGCAGUUGCGCGAUAAAAUCCAUGGGCGUCAUUCGACGAAACUCUUUCGACAGAUUCAGCGACCGCCAACUUAAGGUUUUCGCGAACCGCACGAGAAUACCGUCCAUUUAGUUCUGUUUUUACCUUGUUGAAACAUAACUCAAUCGGGUUAAGAUCAGGGGAAUAUGUCGGGGUAUAUAGUAAUUCAAUGCCCAUCUCGUCCAAAAAUUCUUCAAGAACGAAACCCCCAUCAUAAUGGUGGACAGCUAGAUUGUCCAUUACCACAAUGUCUCCAACCUCGAGGCAUGGACGGCCAGAUAAUUCAUUUACAGAUUGCGAUGCUUCCCAGAAAAAGUUUAAAAAAUGUAUUGUGUCAGUGGCACCGUUUAAUAUGUUAAAAUAUUCUGGACCAUUGAGGGAAAUUAGCAAGUUCAGGGUAAAAUUGGGUGACUCCGUUUUUCUUGCAAUUUCCACACAGCGUUCACCAGAGGGCGCGUUCCCAUAUAAACGAGUGCCAAUGUCUGGGGUCUUAACGCCAGCCUCGUCAAAAAACUUUAUUCUUUGGGGGUCUUUAGAGGACAAAUAGUUGAUAUACAAUUGCGUGUAAAUCAUAUUAUCAUCCGUGAAUCGUUCUUUUGCGACAUGUGUAAUACGCUUUCGUGUAUAUUGCUUUCCUGACAAUAAUCUUGAUUUAACAGCCCGUGAAAUAGUUGACAUUGAAACGCCACCUGCAAUAUCACCGACAUCUUCUAGCGUGGUAUAAAUUUCACGUAACUGAAUCGAGCCCUGUGUUGUUUUCAACAUCUCAAUGAGUUCAAGAUCUCCAUCGGAUAACUUGCGAAUAUAAUCACCUCCUCUUGUUAGUGGACUUGUUCGCCUGUCGUUAAAACAAUAAUUGCGCCAUAUUUUGGCAACUGUAUUCCCAGAUACGCCCAGCUCUUCGCCCAGUGCCUUAAACUGAACUGGAAGAUAACCACUUAUCUGAUCUCCUCCAUAACGUAGACAACGGUCGAUAAUGAGCCCCGUAAAUCGUUAUCUAAUGCCUUUCCACUGUGGUAAGAGCGUCCCAGCUUGUUGACGUUCAUACUAGUAUUUGUACAUUGUUAUAUACAUUUUCUGCCAUUUCCUAACUAUACUAUUGAGUCUGUAUACUAGUGUAAUAAACGUGUCAGUUUCCAGCCAAAACAUGUUCUCGCGUUUGUCAAACAUGAUUAAAAGGCGUCUCAAACGUGUUAGUUUAACGCCUGAAACGAGACAGUUUCCAUGUUAUGAAUACCACGUUACACCCACAAAACGUGCACGUUACAAACGUAAACAAACGCGUUUUGGCGAUCACGGUUAACGGUAGCUUGCAAAUGGUAGUAUAUACAGGGUUAUGAUGAGGAAAGGUUCGCAGUCAAAGUUAAUCGAAAUUUCCUGUGUUUGAUUUGCUUCAAUGUCCUUAAAGACCCGGUUCUGUGUCCGAAAAAUCAACAUUGUUUCUGCCGUGCUUGUAUUACGAAACAUCUCGAGAAUUCUCGAAAAUGCCCUACGUGUGCGGACGAACUGACGGUAGAGACUUUGGCGAAACCACAAAGAAUGAUAAAAGAUUAUUUAGAUGAAUUAAAUAUUCAUUGUGUUUACAACAACAGGGGUUGUGAAGAGAUCGUACAACUGCAACAUCUUGACAACCAUGAGGCUACAUGUGGAUUUACACCAGCCGUUUGUACAAACCCAGGCUGUGGUGAAAUUUUAAACCAGCGUGAUCUUAUUAACCACGAAAGUGAACUAUGUGAAUUUCGCAAGUUGAAGUGCCACUCGUGCGGACAAAUGGCAGAAACGUUGGCAGAUAUUGAGAAAAGAAUGGGAAGGAUGGAGACAAAUGUGGCGACUGUCGAGACAAAUGUGGCGACCAAUAUGGCGACUGUGGUUGCCAUGAAAACCUGCAUGAAUGAUGUACAAGCGAAUGUACAGACACAAAUUGCAAAUGUGGAGAAGAACAUGGAGAGAAACACCGCAGACAUAAAAACAGACAUGGACGGAAAACUCGAAGCAGUGAAUAAUGAGAUGAAAGGAUUGAAAACAGCUUUGAUUGAAGGUUUUGAUGAAAUGAAGGAUGUUCUUGUCAAGAUGGAGGACAAGAUAGAAGAAAAUGCGAGAAAAGUCAGAAAUGCAGCAAGUGGUGAUAAGGAAAAUAUAAUUGUUGCUGGAGGUGCAGAAGGAACUGAUUCUGUAGAGAUGUUUAACUGGCGUCAAAGAACAUGGUCGCCAUUACAAUCCUUGCCAAAGAAGCGUUUUGGAGCAACUUCAUUUGUAUACCACAAUCAUGUGACAAUUGCUGGAGGUUACUGUUCUGACUAUGUCGAUGAUAUGAUUAGAAUGAAUAUAAACCCAAACCCUGAUCUUUCAACACACUGGAGUGACUGUCCUGUUAAACUGCCUGGUAAGUUGGUAUACCACAGCAGUGUGCUGUAUAAUGAUUAGCUAAUAGUCACUGGUGGUUUUAAUGGAAAUGCAGUAUGUGACUGUAUUCAUGAAGUCCAGCUUACCCCUCCUUAUACCGCGAAGACCUUAUCAAGAAUGCCAGAACCAAGAACGCGCCACAGCACACAAUUAUUUGAUCAUAGUUUGUUGAUGGUGGGUGCAAGUACAAGUGUUGUACUGUAUGAUAUAAAGAAGAAUGAAUGUAAACAGUUGGCACCACUGCCGUAUGAAGUGAGUGAUAUGGCAACUGUGAGAUGGGGAGACAACAUCGUUGUUAUAGGCGGCAUUGACAAAUGUGGCAAUGUAUUAGAUACAGUGAUCAUUUACAAUGUCAAGACUGAACAAAGUUGCAUGUUACCGCCGAUGAGAUGUAAGAGGAAGGAAUGUACUGCCAUUGUUAUUGAAAACAACAUUGUAGUACUAGGAGGAGAGGAUGAGCUGGGACGUUCUUUAAGGUCAGUUGAAGCUUUCAACUUAGAAUGUUAUACUUGGCAAGAACUUCCAGAAAUGUCUCGAGCAAGACGGCUUCACACUGCUGUUGUUGUGUAAACAAUGUAAGAAUCUGAACGUUGAACUCAUUUCUUUGAGAUAACAAUUGACUUUAAUCAUAUUAUGAACCUCUAAAUUUGACUAAAAUCCUAUGGCUAUGGGGAAUUGUAUUAUUAUAGUUUAUAGUUUGACAUGUGUAAUCAAAAUUAUACUCAGUUUUUUAACGAUGCAUAUGGUAAUAUUGAAUUAAUUUUUUGAGUGAAAACUAUACCCUAGUCAAACAAGGAUGAGAGUUGAUGAGAGUUAUAACUCUUGCUCGUGUUUGAACGCCAAAUCUCAUCGACUGCUCUUGCAUUAGAUCUGUUAUGGAAUAUGCGUGUCAGGUCUUUCAUAGUAAUCUGCCACCAUAUUUGUCAAAUGAAAUGGAAAGGAUUCAGAGACGAGUAAUGCAUGUGAUCUUUCCAGACCUCAGUUAUAGAGAAAUUGAGUGGUGAUAUUUAUUUAGUAAUAUUGUUAAGAAUGAUAAUCAUAAAUUAGCCUAUCUAUUACCUCCUAGAAUAUAUAUAUAUAUAUAUAUAUAUAUUUUUGUUAUAUCAUGACUGUGUCAGACUUGUUAGAACAACCUUGUAACAAGUCUGAUAAUGCCACCAAGCUUGUUACAAGUUACAAGACAGGUAAUACAGGUUUGGGACAUAAGGCCGUUUUCCACUUCGCCCGUAUCGUACCGUAAUGUACCGGUGAGCAUGCGCAGCUUGAAGAUGGAUUUUCAUGGACUUCCGGUUGAUUCGCAAUCUCGUAGCCAGAGCAAUGCCUGUGCGCGGGCCAGGGUGUUAUCCAGGAUUUCAAAAGUGGGCGUCCAAUAUAAUUUUGUGGGCGUGGCCACAAUUUUUUGUAGGCGUGAUCACAUGUUUUUGGGCGUGGCCGCAAUCUUUUGUUGUUGUGGAAUUGUGGUGUUCUAUUCGUUAAACCUUUUUACUUUUAGUCAGUUUAUAUGCACAUUUCCGUCAUUAAAUUAAAUAAAAGCACAUGUAUGGUAUGAACUGUAUGAUCACUACGACGUACAUUAUACCGGCUAUGAUGAAGAACACAAUACAGCAGUGUAGUGUUUAGUUAUUUUUAUAGCCAUCUUUACCGUUACUGUAACUCUAAAGCACGUCGCGCUCAAGCGAUAAAGCGACUGCUGUUUUUUAAAACAUCGGUUUCAAAUUAUUCUCCUUGAUACUUCAUGCGAGAAUCAUCAACAUGGUUACAAAAACAUUGCGCAUUUGUCGAUACUUCAAUUCAGCCAUAUUCAACGUGUUUUCGACCGGAAAUGUAUGAAAACAUAUACCAUAAGUAAAGUGGACAGCAGAUGACAACAAUUCGAAGUAUUCAAGAAAUACUACAAAGCUUGUAAAUUGCUAUUUAAACAAAAUAUUCCCUUAGGCCGUCCAUUAAAAUUUAGCCGUCCAAAUUCAGAAGUGGCCGUCCGUAGGACGGUCGGACGGCCGCCUGGCUAACACCCUGGCGCGGGCUAGGGUGGCAUUGGCUCUGGGGAAAUUGAAUUUUUCCUGUGCUAUGAUUGGUUUAACGUUUAUCAAUCGUACAUGCCGGCAAAGGACCGGAACCCCUAAAUUUAGGGGUUCCGGUUGUCAAUUUCCCCAGAGCCAAUGCCUUCUUAGACGCGCACAGGCACUGCUCUGGGUACGAGAUUGGUUGAUUCACACGCGUAUCAAAAUACUUUUUAGCGUACUACGGAAGUAUUAACCAAUCGACAUUCACUAAAUUUUGAAAUUUAAAAUUUGUUUUGAUACGUUACGGUACGGUGCGCUUGAAGUAGAAAACGGCCUCUAGUCUGAGAGUAUGUUAGUCAGUUGAUUUGUAAGCUCGCGAGAAAAUACUCAGAAUGCUUUACGUAUAUUAAAUAUAUGGUUAAAUGUCUAAACAUGUCGAGGUUGUCAUACAGCCAUAUUUUCAAAUAUACUAUCAGUUUUACAAGCAAAUUUACUGUACUGUGCUGCAGCAAGUCCAGUCACGCAUACGUGAUAAAAAGCCGAUAUAAACAUUAUAAACAAAAGAUAAUGUAAAACGUAACAAAACGGCAAACAUGCAGAUUCGGCGAUUUCAAAUAAUGGAAAUGGUGGGAUAGUAGCGUUGCAGACUGUAGAGGAGAGUGGGCAGUAAGGCUCCAUCAUGUACUGUACCACCCCAUGGAAAACAUGUACCCCACCUUGCAGAUGAGGCCAGAUCUGCCCCUCUUUUUUACAAGUGUGAUGCCAGUGUAAGAUACAUGAACUUGCGGUUAGAGCUCGACAACUGGCGUCUGUAGCUCAGUUGGUUAGAGCUCGACAACUGACUCUUUGUAGCUCAACUGGUUAGAGCUCGACAACUGGGCUCUGUAGCUCAGUUAAUUAGAGCUCGACAACUGGCGUCUGUAGCUCAGUUGGUUAGAGCUCGACAACUGACUCUUUGUAACUCAGUUGGUUAGAGCUCGACAACUGGCCUCUGUAGCUCAGUUGGUUAGAGCUCGACAACUGGACUCUGUAGCUCAGUUGGUUAGAACUCGACAACUGGACUCUGUAGCUCAGUUGGUUAGAGCUCGACAACUGGACUCUGUAGUUCAGUUGGUUAGAGCUCGACAACUGGCCUCUGUAGCUCAGUUGGUUAGAGCUCGACAACUGGACUCUGUAACUCAGUUGGUUAGAGCUCGACAACUGUCUCUCUGUAGCUCAGUUGGUUAGAGCUCGACAACUGGGCUCUGUAGCUCAGUUGGUUAGAGCUUGACAACUGGACUCUGUAGUUCAGUUGGUUAGAGCUCGACAACUGUCUCUCUGUAGCUCAGUUGGUUAGAGCUCGACAACUGGGCUCUGUAGCUCAGUUGGUUAGAGCUCGACAACUGUCUCUCUGUAGCUCAGUUGGUUAGAGCUCGACAACUGGACUCUGUAGUUCAGUUGGUUAGAGCUCGACAACUGGACUCUGUAGUUCAGUUGGUUAGAGCUCGACAACUAGCCUCUGUAGCUCAGUUGGUUAGAGCUCGACAACUGGACUCUGUAACUCAGUUGGUUAGAGCUUGACAACUGUCUCUCUGUAGCUCAGUUGGUUAGAGCUCGACAACUGUCUCUCUGUAGCUCAGUUGGUUAGAGCUCGACAACUGUCUCUCUGUAGCUCAGUUGGUUAGAGCUCGACAACUGUCUCUCUGUAGCUCAGUUGGUUAGAGCUCGACAACUGGGCUCUGUAGCUCAGUUGGUUAGUGCGCUGUACCGGAACCGCAGGGCCGCAGGUUCGAUUCCUGUCAGAGCCCAGAGGGCCUGUAGGGCAUUUUUCGCAGCUGUUCCUGGUUAGGUCUAAUAAAUGUAUAUAAAUUUCCACUCGAUAAUUUCCAUCUACAAGACCCUUCAACUAUUAUUGAAUCGAGUGUGAUGGCAACAAAUUCGAUUCUUGAUAUUUACCCAUAACCUAACAUGUAUGAAAAGGUAUGAAAUUUACACUCAAAUUUUUCAAUUCCAAUAAAGCUCAUCAACCUCUUACUCCAUCGUGUGAGAUGAGCAAAAUCCGUUUGAGAAUCUAUGUUGCUAUUUCCCGUUCAGAAUCAAUAUUAUACUCAUCUUUUUUUUUCAGAUUCAAACAUAUGCAGCUUCGAGUCAAUGCUGAAUCUACUGCUUUUUACCAGUAAGCUGUAUUUUAGUCUUCAAUAUUUGACUGAGUCAUGCUUUGGAAAUUACAAUGAAUUUUUAUUACCCAUUACUCACUCAACGGCGAUGAAAUUUUCUACCCGGGCUGAAAUUUCUGUCAUAUAAUCGCUUGCUGUCUUUUAAUAGGAUUUUAUCCUUAGGCCGGCCUGAAAUUUCAGCCCGGGAAAUCGGGAUGAAACUCAGCCCGGGCUGAAAACUCUCCACAUAAUCAGCCCCUAUGUAGUAUAUCAACAAACCUUAACUGAUCCGUUUCCGCCCACAGUAAAGUCUAUAUUUAGUGUCUAAUCAAGAUGUCCCAAGAUGAAGAUAAAUGACAAUUUCACACAAUAACAAUCUAAUUAUAGUUAAACUGAUGAAUAUAUAUUAUGAACAAAUAUAGCACUAACCAAUCAAAAAAUUGUUUUGUCUGAUAAACCUUAUCAGGUGAAAAGCUAAUAUAUUUUUCAUGCGGUCAGAUAGCAAUUUGUUUCGUCAGGCCCUUUUCCCUUCUAUUCUCACCCGAAUUUAAGGAAGGGAAUACAAGGUCUGAUACUCAGGCUAGUUAUAAACAUUUUCGUUAUGUUGUGUAGUUCUGGGUUGCUUGAAGAAAAGAAAACAAAUGUUAAGUUUGAGGUAUUUUCCGAGAAUCUCAAUACUAAGCUGUUAACGACUUGUAUAGCAAGCUUGAUGGCAUUAUCAGACUUGUUACAAGGUUGUUCUGACAAGUCUGAUACAGUUAUGAUAUAACAAGAAUUAAUGUUACAAGGUUGUGACCCAAGCGAACACAACUUGUUGAAGGCUUGUUGGCAAAGUCUUAGAGCAACACACGCAAAAAUCUCACAUCUUGUAGCAAGUCUGCUAACAAGUUGUCAACAAGUUGUAUUCGCACUGCUUGUCCCAAGUUGUCAACAAGUAUGGAACAAGCUGUUAACAACUUGUGACAACCUUGUUGAUAUUAUCAGACUUGGUGCAAGGUUGUUCCUACAAGUCCGAUACAGAUUCUGUAUCAGAUAUACAAACUCCUUCACGCUCAUGAUUUCUUUUGUGCUUUCAUGAAUUAUUAAUGAGUUUCACAACACUUUUUACAAAACGUUCGUUAUUUGCUACUGUUUAGAACUUACUUGGUGUUCAACUCAAGUUGGUUAUCUAUCAGCUCUUGCUUCAAUGUAAGUUGUGAUUGGAUAAAAUGUAUAGGGGUUUGGUGCAUCUAUAUGAAAGCCUGGAUCCCCAACAACUAUAGUAUCGUCAUUUCUAUAACACAAAUUUACACUGUGGAUAUAAUCAAAUGCGCUUCACAGCAAGUAUCACGCUUACCGAAUUACUUACUUAGCCUAGACUAUUUUAUCUAAACAACAAUUGUGAUGUUUUUUAUGUUACUCUGAGUGUAUAUCCACACCGGGCACUCGGGCAGGCUGAAAGGUUAGCCUGAUCACGGUGGGAAUCGAACCUGCUACCUUUGGGAUACUAGUCCAAUGCUCUGCCAACUGAUCUACGAGGCCAAGUCUGUCUUAUUUAGGUAGUCCAAGAACCAAAAAAGUGGUACGGUACCAAAAAUCGAGCGUAGUGUAAACGGGGCUCAAGUCUAGUAGUACCUUCGAUACCGAUGUGUUCUAUGAUCAUGAUAUUUUUUGUGUGUGUUUUGAUUACUUUCUUAACUGUGUUUAUCCUAACACACCCUGUCAACUUUCCCUGUGGGAGGAAACCCUCGGAGCACCCGGAGAAAACCCACGACUUUCGGCAGAGCGUUGACGGAAUCUUUUCACGUGAGUCCGUAGCAAGAACCGAACCCCAGCAUCUCAGAUGCGAAGGACGCUUGCUCGAUACGCCACCGAAGUCUCAUCAUUAUAUAUACUUUUGUGAUGUAAGUUGAAAUUAUAUCGAUUUGUGAUGUUUUAGGUUCGGUGAAUUUUUUCGAUUAUUUUGGUUCAAUAGUGAGUUACAUGGUAGUCAGUAUCCCGUUAUUUAUUGGUGAUUUUGAUGACUUAAUGCCAGGAGAACUGGCUGGCGUUAUAAGCAAGGUAUGCGUGAAUACAAUUUUACAGGGAGAGGAUGUAUGGUCUUUGUACGACGUUUAAUAUACGCAUGACGCUUGUGCUGCCAAUUUUCGAUUCGUGUAAAUUAUAUUUAAAGAAAUUGUUGGUUAAUGUUAGCGCCACUCGCAUUCACCACUAUCAGCAACACCAUCAAUACCACUAAGAGCAAUAUCAUUAUAAACAGUAUCAUUAUCGCCACCAUCAUCACCAGCGCCAUCAUGCGUCAUCAUCACCGCGGCACCAUCAUCACCACUGUCAUCAUAGUCAACUCCACCACUAUCACCACGCUGUUACCUUGGUGAUGAACAGUAUCACCAUUACCAUCAUCAUAACGUCAUUAUCAGUGACCAUAGUUAAUAUAAUAUUAGACAAACACUCUGCUAAUACAGACCACCUUUUGCAGCUUAGUAGCCAAUACAUCACCACCUUUUGUAGCUGGAAAUCUUAUGUAGUUCCUAAACCUUUUUGCCUACCAGUGCUUACAUAGUUAUUUAUCUAUAAUUUAAAGGCUUUCAGAAAUUAUUACGGGCAGUUGUCCCUAUCCCCCCCCCCCCAAGGUCCCCACGGUCCUUGAAAAUCCUGGAAAGUACUUGAAUUUGUUUUAAAAAAAUCCAGGCCUGGAAAGUCCUUGGAAACUGAUAAGGUCCUUGAAAGUCCUGGAAUUUCAAUUAAAAUUAUGUUAUAACAAUUGUCCAAAAGUUGUGUUGCGAAGCGGAUAUUCGACGGUCAGUCGGUCACGUAAUUUGAUAUUUGUUCACAUUAUGAUUAUGUGUAAACUAAAAAGGUGGUUACAUGAAGUUGCCAGGUGGCCCAGGUCCUUGAAUAUACUGAAAAAGGUCCUUGAAAGUCCUGGAAAAGUCCUUGAAUUUAUCUUCACUAAAAGGUGGGACCCUGCCACCUCCCCCCACCUCCCCAUUGAUCAUCACCACCACCAUCGUCACUACAAUCAUAAUCACCAAUAUUCGAGGUAUUAAUAUCAUAAGUCUCAUUACUUGUCAUUUUUCAGUAUUCUUUCAUAUCGAUGUAUCUGGUGCACUCGUUCUCUCAACUUAUUGAUCUCUCAAAUAAAGUUUCCGACAUUGCGGGAUACACGCACAGGUAAUUUGUCAACUUAUUUACUUCGUGACAUGGCUGCCGAAGAUUUAGUAAGGAUAAAUAAACUAAAAGGCUAGCGAUGUUGAAAUCUUGGUUGGGCAGUGGUGUAACUUUACUUUUUUGAACAAGUUGGACAUCAAAAUUAGUUGCCCGGAAUAAAAUUCACUUGCCAUCAGACAAUGGCCUCCUUCGCUAGUUUCGUUAUGCAAAGCGAAACAUCGACACUCGCCGAUCUAAUAAAUGUAUAAAAUUUAGACUUGAGAUUCCCUGCUACAAAACUCUUCUUUUGUGUGUGUUUUGAUGUUAUCUACUCAGGUGAAUAUAAUGUUUAGGGUAAACAGUUAGCCUGACCACGGUGGGAAUCGAACCCGCGACCUUUGGAAUACUAGUCCAAUGCUCUGCCAACUGAGCUACGAGGCCAAGUCGGUUCGAGUAUGUGGUAUUUCGGAACUCUAUAGCCUGCGAACAGGCUCUCAAGCUGAAUUGAGAGCCUGCAUCGAUGACUAAUGAAUUUGAAUAUCUGCCCCGUAACGUUCGUUUUUCCAAAUAUGGAAUGUCUAUCCUUAUAUGGUGUUGUUUACAACUUUCGUGCAAACUAAAUUUAGACCGUGCAAACUAAAUUUAGACCGUACAGUUUAUACUGUUUUUCGAAAUAUAAGAUAUUCAAGCAAAAGUUCAAAUGUUUUAAAUACUGUUUUCUCAAAACAGAACAUUUCGUGCUUUGAGAUAAGACGGCCAAGACCAAUUUGAUCAGUUAAUGUGUUUUUUAUGCAUAGUGCUUCAGCAGUUGACAUAUAUAGAGCUCAGCGGAAACAUAUAAAUUAUAGCAUCUGACCAAUGAGAAUUUCGCGUCAUGAUUUGAGACGCAGAUAUUCAAAUUCAUUAGUCAUCGAUGCAGGCUCUCAAUUCAGCUUGAGAGCCUGUUCGCAGGCUAGGAACUCUAGUGCCUUAGAUACCAAUGUGCCCUUAUGAUCAUGAUAUUUUUUGUGUGUGUUUUGAUGUUAUGAACUCGGGUGAAUAUAAUAUUUUUGAUGUUACUCUGAGUGUGCAUUCACGCCGUGGGCAAGCUGAAACGUUUGCCUGACCACGGUGGGAAUCGAACCCGCGACCUUUGGGAUACUAGUCGAAUGCUCAGCCAACUUAGCUACGAGGUUAAGUCGGCGAGUUUGUGGUAUUUCGGAACUAAGUCUAGUACCUUCGAUGCCAUUGUGUUCUUAUGAUCAUGAUAUUUUUUGUGUGUGUUUUGAUGUUAUGUACUCAGGAGAAUAUAAUGUUUCUGAGUGUGUAUCCACACCGAGCAGGCUAAUCUCUUAACGAGCUCAGUUGGCAGAGCAUUGGACUUGGUAUCCGAAAGAUCGCGGAUUCGAUUCCCACCGUGGUCAGGUAAACGUUUCAGCCUGUCCGAUGUGGAUAUACACUCAGAGUAACAUCACAAACAUUAUUUUCUACAAGUUCUAUCAAGUAAGACGCCCAAAAUCCUUAUGAAAUUCUUGGCUAAUUACAGGAUUGGCGAAGUGUUGGAGUUUUUUAAGGAGAAAACAGGACCGUCACAAGAUUCGUUCAGGUUUGAAGAUAAUUUGGACGAUGGUAUUUUAUUCAAGAUAGAAAAUCUGACGUACUCAGCACCGCAAUCCAUAGACAAACCCUUGGUGAAAGGUAGCUAUCAUUCAAUUCAAUCCUUUUAAUAUUGAAAUUUGAAAUAGAGAUUUGGUGUAGUGAUUCCUAUAUUUCAACUUCAUAUAGAUUUAGAUCUGGAGAUUCAUCGUGGAAAAAAUGUUUUAAUAACUGGAAAAACAGGUAUGAAUGCAAGAUUGCAAAGCACCUUGUGCACCACGGCAAACUAAUCCAUUCUUAGGGGGAAAUAUUAUACAAACAAGACGCCUGCUCACUUAAAAUAACGGUACCUGACACGCUUGUGUGAUGUCUGGAAUUUGAGAGCAUUCAGAUCAGCAAAUAUUGCUAUAUUCUUGAGCGCAAAAUUUAGCUAUUGCUACCAAUACAAUUUAGAGCAAUGCCGAUAUAUAAAAUCAGUCAAUACUCAAUAAUUCAAGAGUGAACGACUCGAGUUCAAUUGAUGUUUACUUUUCCUUCUCACGUAAACAAUCAAGUUCGCCCUCAGACACCUCAGAAAAACACGAGCCCGAAGCCAUUUUUUGAAAAAAUGCGCCAGGAAAAUGGCUGCGCUCCUUCGCCCAGCGGCUACGCUCGUGUUUCAAGAUCCGCCAUGUAAAGUGUAGUGAAAUAUAUCUCAUCGUAAUAUUAAAUCCUAAGAAAACUAAAGCCUCUGCGGAGGAGAGAGGUCCUGCUGCUCGUUCUCUAUCGAGGAAUAGAUAGCGAGUAGAGUAGCCAAUCAAAUUACAGUAUUUGCAAUAGUAUACUAGUAUAAGGUACUUUGGUAUAAGAUACUACUAUAAGGACACCCUUGUAUAAUAAUGGAUAACUGGGUAUGUCAUAUUUUUAUCUUUUUCUUUAGGCAGUGGAAAGAGUUCGUUGUUAAGGGUCAUGUGUGGUUUAUGGCAACCUGAUUGUGG